CUGCGUUAAACAGGACUCGGACAGAGAGUGAGAGAGAAACAGUGGAUAAAACCGCUAAGGAGAGUAUGAUUCCCGUUUAAUAUCAACUUGGGGAAGGAGAUUUCAGAGCAAACUACUGGAGACUGAGCCUAUAAAUACUGCAAUAUUCCCAUCAGUCUACAAGUGAGGACGAGCAUCAGACCUUCAGACAGAAGUCAAAUCUGAGUUUAUUGAAGGACAGUGGGAAGAUGAGUGAUCCAGAACCCUGCAGAAUUACAGAUGAAGACACUGAAGAACAAACAGGUGGCUGUCGAAGGAAGAAGGGACCGGGUGAACCAGGAAGUCUGUGCCAGGCAUGAUGACGACCUUAUUGAGAUGAAGGAGAGUGAAGAUGAUGAACUCCUAAAAGCUGGAAAAAUACCACAUUUACAGACUGAAGAUACUUUAAUGCAAAGAGACAAGAAUCGUUUUACCUGCAGUCAGUGUGGAAAGAGUCUGGCAAGCAAAAAGAGUCUUAAUGAACACCUAAAGAUCCACACUGGAGAGAAACCAUUCACAUGCAUUCAUUGCGGGAAGAGUUUCAGACUCUCAUUCUCCUUUAAUGAACACAUGAGGAUCCACACUGGAGAGAAACCAUUCACAUGUACUCAUUGUGGGAAGAAUUUUAGACGUUUAUCAUCCCUUAAUGAACACACGAUGAUCCACACUGGAGAGAAAACCCACAGAUGUGAUCAAUGUGGCAAAACAUUUUUGAGGGCGUCAGGGCUGAAACUCCAUCACAGAACUCAUACAAAGGAGAAGCCUUAUUCAUGCUCUGAGUGUGGAAAGAGAUUUACAAAGCAGUUACAUUUAAGACGACAUCAGAAGAUCCACGCUGGUGUAAAAGAGUAUGUGUGCUUUGAGUGUGUGAAGACUUUUAUCACAGCUAUAGAAUUGAAACGGCACCAGAGGAUCCACACUGGAGAGAAACCGUACAAGUGUUCACACUGUGAUAAAAGAUUCAGUUGGUUAGAAAUUCUGAAAAAGCAUGAGAGGAUUCACACUGGAGAGAAACCUUACAAGUGUUCACACUGCGAUAAGAGAUUCGGUCAGUUAGCAGAUCUGAAAACACAUGAGAGGAUUCACACUGGAGAGAAACCUUACAAGUGUUCAUACUGUGACAAGAGAUUUAAUCAGUUAGGAACCAAGAACCAGCACCAGAGGAUUCACACUGGAGAGAAACCAUUCACUUGCACUCAGUGUGGGAGGAGUUUCAGACACUCAACACACCUUAAUGAACACAUGAGGAUCCACACUGGAGAGAAACCAUUCACAUGCACUGAGUGUGGGAAGAGUUUCAGACUCUCAUCCUCCUUUAAUCUUCACAUGAUGAUCCACACUGGAGAGAAAACCCACAGAUGUGAUCAAUGUGGCAAAACAUUUUUGAGGGCGUCAGACCUGAAACGUCAUCUUAUAAGUCAUACAAAGGAGAAGCCUUAUUCAUGCUCUGAGUGUGGAAAGAGUUUUGCGCAUCAGCCCUAUUUAAGACUACAUCAGAAGAUCCACACUGGUGUAAAAGAGUAUAUGUGCUUUGAGUGUAAGAAGACUUUUAUUAAAGCCGAACAUCUGAAACAGCACCAGAGGAUUCACACUGGAGAGAAACCUUACAAGUGCUCAUACUGCGACAAGAGAUUCGGUCGGUUAGAACAUCUGAAAACACAUGAGAGACUUCACACUGGAGAGAAACCAUACUCCUGUGGUCAGUGUCUGGAGAGUUUCACACACUCGGUGCAGCUUAAGAAACACAUGAAUAUCCACACAGGAGAAAAGCAGCACACAUGACAUCAAUGCAGAAGAACUCUCUGGUGUGUAAGGCUGUUUUGAAUCAGGAGUGAAGACCUUAUUGAAGAGAAUGAGGAGAGUGAAGAUGAUGAACUCCUAAAAGCUGGGAAAACACCUCAUUUACAGACUGAAGAUACUUUAAUGCAAAGAGACAAGAAUCGAUUGACCUGCAGUCAGUGUGGAAAGAGUGGGGCAAGCUAAAAAAAUCUUAAUGAACACAUGAAGAUCCACACUGGAGAGAAACCAUUCACAUAUACUCAGUGAGGGAAGAGUUUCACAAAACUAUCACACCUUAAUCCACACAUGAGGAUCCACGCUGGAGAGAAAACAUUCAUGUGUACUCAGUGUGGGACGAGUUUCAGACACUCGUCAUCUUUUAAUGAUCACAUGAAGAUCCACACUGGAGAGAAAACCCACAGAUGUGAUCAAUAUGACAACAUUUUUGAGGGCUUUAGACCUGAAACGUCACCUCAGAAGUCAUACAAAGGAGAAGCCUUAUUUAUGUUCAGAGUGUGGAAGGAGUUUUACAACGCAGGCACAUGUAAUUCUACAUCAGAAGAUCCACACUGGAGUGAGAGAGUAUAUGUGCUUUAAGUGUGAGAAGACUUUUAUUUCAGCUAGAGACUUGAAACUGCAUGAGCUGAUUCACACGGGAGAGAAACCCUACAAGUGUUCACACUGUGAUAAGAGAUUCAGUCAGUUAGGGAGCCUGAAUACACACCAGAGGAUUCACACUGAGAAAAGCAGCACACACAGAAAAACCUUCUCUCACAUACAAAGGCACAAAGGUUUUGUGUCUGUAAAACAAACCACUUUUUUCUGAUGUUCAAAGUCUGUUGAAAAUAUUCCCCCUAUGAUUUGGUUUCUUUCAGUCACCCCUGCCAUCUCGCAAGAACAGGACAAUGCCAGAAUCCACCACAGAGUGAGUGAAAGUGUAGCGGGAAGAACAAUUGCUUGAAAUAGUUAAGUCAGGGCUGUCCAAACUCUGUUCUGGAGGGCCGGUGUCCUGGAGAGUUUAGCUCCAACCCUAAUCAAACACACCUGAUACAGCUAAUCAAGCUAUCACUAGAUAUACUAGAAACUUCCUGGCAGGUGUGUGGAGGCAAGUUGAAGCUAAACUCUGCAGGACACCGGCCUUCCAGGACCGAGCUUGGAGACCCCUGAGUUAAGUGGUUGUUGUAAAUAGUUUAAAGUCGGAAAAGGAUUGUGCAUAUGUGUGCGUGCAUCGCUAAGUAAGUAACUAAAAUCAUUGCAACAUGUAUCUUCCAGGGCUGCUUAGAUUUCAGAAUGUUGCCUUCUGGGAAUUGACUUUUUGCACCAGGCAGUGGCAGUUGUAGAUAUGGGCGCAGCAACUCUGGUUUCUCUAGUCACAUCACGUGGGCUUUCCAAACCUAACCCCCCCCCCCCCCCCCCCCAGGUCAAAAUGACUGCAGAGUCAGUUGUAUCAGUUGGAAAACAACCCCAACUGGGUCCUGAAACUGGUCAUGUAACACUGCCUUUAUCCGUUGAACCUGAUGGAGGGGCUCACAAGCAGGAUAUUGUCAUGACUUCAACGUCUAUGCAGAUCACCCAAGCUGUCUGGGAGAGAAACAGUCAAGAUCUAGAAGGACCCCUGAAGCAAAUCUUGUGGAAAGUGAUGGAAUCCCAUCAUGCUAUUUUUGCAACCUUAGCCAGCGAUAUUGGCCAGACACAACUGAUACAACACCACAUAAACACAGGCAAUGGCCAUCCUUUCCAAAAGCGCCCCUGACGUUUGCAAUUUGCAAGACAGGCAGUUGCAGAUUGCUGCCUAGACAAGAUGAAGUCUGCAGGUGUUAUAGAGCAAUCGGAUGGGCCUCACCAGUCGUUUUGGUCCCUAAAAAGGACAGCAGCUGGUGUUUCUUUGUUGACUUCCAACAGUUAAAUGAGUUAACCAUCAAGGACUCCUAUCCCCUCCCGCAAGUUGAUGAGUCACUGGAUAAAAUCGCUGGCUCCAAGUGGUUCUCCUUGCUGGACUUAUGUAGUGGUUAUUGGCAGGCUGCCUUAAGUGCAGAUGCAAAACCAAAAACUGCAUUCACAACAGGCAUGGGCCUUUGGCAAUUUAGGACUAUGCCCUUUGGUCUUUGCAAUGCUCCGGCAAUCUUUGAGUGGUUGAUGGAGCGAUUGCUCCAGGGCAUUCCAAGGGAGUCUGGUUUAUUUGGAUGACAUUUUAGUCCAUGGAAAGGACUUUGAAUCAGCUCUGAGUGCCCUUGACCUUGUCAUGACCCGGAUAACCCAGGCAGGCCUUAAGCUUCAUCCAGAAAAGUGCCGGCUCAUGCAGAGGGCAGUGACUUUUUGCAGUCUUACGCCCCAUUCACACAGGGCGUCAGCUUCAACGCUUCCUAUCCACUUUUAAAUGGGUGAUGUCAGGCGUUGCUGAACUGCAUUGUGGAUCCAUCAGCGCCGCUUCAGAGGCGUUGCUUGCUGCAGAAGUUGGGACUUGCUCAACUUUUCAAGCGGCAACGAAAGCGUCAGCCAAUCAGAUCGCUGUAUGCAAAUACACCAGCUCAGGCAGUAGCCUAUUGCUGACUAAUUUCAUUAGGCAGUUAGGGGCUUUCCUGGGCCAACAUCUUGUUAUAGGAAAUUUGUCCCUGGGUUCACCACAGUUAAAGCUGCUCUCCAUCAACUAACAAAGAAAUCGUAGUGGUUUCAGUGAGGACAAGAGCAGCAGCAGGCUUUUGAUUUCCCUAAAGGAGGCCUUGUGUCAGGCACCAGUCUUGGCUGUAACCAGAUCCAAGCUUUCCAUUUAUCCUGGACACAGAUGGUAGUAAUGUAGGGCUGGGCGGUGUUCUAUCCCAGGAGGGGGAAAAAGGUGGAAGGGUCAUAGCCUAUUACAGUGCUCAACGCUACAAUAGGUUUGCUUAAAUUAAUUCAUGUUAAGCUGAUUUCUAUAUAUUCAAAAAUCUAUCAUUUAUUUGUAUUCACUUUAAAACCACUCACUCAAGUAAAUGAAGGAGAAUGCUAUGUAAAUAAAUGAAGAUUUGGACCAUU